UCUAUAAAUACCAAACUACUCACUCUUUCUAUUCUAAUCUUAAUAUGGCUCCCAUAUCAAAUCUUGCUUUUCUAUGUUCCAUUUUUCUUUUCAACGUUAUCAACAUUCCAUUCUUGAUCACAAAUGCUCAAUCCUCAUGCAACGGACCAUGCAAAACUCUCGACGAUUGUUCUGGUCAACUCAUUUGCAUCAAUGGCAAAUGCAACGAUGACCCCGACGUUGGAACACACACAUGCACCAAACCGUCACCAUCACCACCACCACCACCGAGCGGUGGUGGUGGCGGCGGCGGUGGUGGAAACUGCCAAUCCUCCGGAACCCUACAAUGCAAAAAAAAAUCAUACCCUCAAUAUAGAUGCUCUCCACCAGUUUCAUCUUCCACACAAGCACAACUCACCUUUAACGAUUUCAGUGAAGGUGGAGAUGGAGGAGGUCCGUCGGAGUGCGACGAAAAAUACCACGACAACUCCGAAAGAGUGGUGGCAUUGUCAACUGGUUGGUACAACGGAGGUUCGAGAUGUGGAAAACUGAUUAGAAUCACCGCGAGGAAUGGGAAGAGUACGACCGCAAAAGUGGUGGACGAAUGUGAUUCAGUGAAUGGAUGUGAUGCAGAGCACGCAGGUCAGCCGCCAUGUCGUAACAAUAUUGUGGAUGGAUCGGUGGCAGUGUGGAAUGCGUUGGGAUUGAAUACAGAUGUGGGUGUUGAGCAAGUUACAUGGUCAAUGACUUGAAUCAAUGAAUAACACUUAAGUAUAUGCAAAGUAACAUGUAUGGACUAAUAACUAGUUAAUAAGAAUAAGCUUAAUUUGCACACCUUGUGCAUGUGUGUGGAUUUUAAUAAAUUCAUUUUGCUUUUGCAAAAUUAAAUAAGCAAGAAUAUGAUUAAUUAGCGUAAGGUAAAAUGAACCUAGCUUUUGGUUGUUAUUUUAUUUCGUUCAUCCUUUCUUUUUCUCUCCCCAUGAUUUGUGU